AUGGAUGCUGACCUUUCUGGUCACCUGAGAAGGAAGAGGGACAGCAGUGCUUUGGAUGAUCACUUGAUUUAUGCUGUCCGUGUUUCUACCGCUACAUCUGAGAAGCAGCCCUGGGAGAGGGGCGACAUCCUGGCGCCUCGAUCAGCUUUCUCGUCUCCCUUCCCGAGUGUCGGCAGGCCUCAGGUAGCUGCGCAAGUGCUGCCUGCCCCAAGUUCGUCUCCUGCAGGAGCUGUUACAACUUCUGUGGCUGUUAAAGUAUUGGGCAAGCUGCCGGCUACGAAGGGGCCUAGUUGGGAGGAGAAAUUGACUGAUAACAGGCGGGCUGCAGUGGCAAAAUGGGAGGCUCUUCUUAUGGCUCACGGCGAGCACUUUGAUUGCUACAGGGGAGUCAGUGGCGACGCCAGUGCGGGACGCAAGGCAGAUCUGGUUCAGACGCUGAGGGACUGUUUUGCGGGCAAGGCGAGCGCGACUCUGCACUCGAGAGUGGGACCGAUGAUGCGUUAUGUAAAGUUUACCAAAUCUGCUGGUCUUGAUGCUUUUCCUUUGACUGAGAGCGUCUUAUAUGUAUUCAUGGAUCAGUAUUGUCGGACGGCGGCGGCAACCUUUGGAAGGAGCUUCCUUGAGUCUCUGAAUUUCGCUGUGCAUGUCUUGGGCCUCGAUCUGCAUGUGACCAUCAGUGGCAGGAUACAAGGGGUAGCCAAAACCAGGUACCUUGAAAAAAGGAAAGCUGUCCAGAAGCCGGCGCUUACAGCGCUGCACGUGAGGACUCUUGAGAAGAUAGUGAUUGGAGGAACCAUUGAAGAAUACAGCGGCUUCGACAGACAUUGUGCUGGGUUUUUCUGCUACACUUUGUACGCUCGGGCCCGGUUCUCCGAUGCCCAAGCCUCGGCUAACCUCAUGCUUGAUGUCACCGAGAGCGACGACGGGCCUUAUGGGCGCGAGCUCGGUGAUUCCGCUGACAUCAGAAAGCUUGGAACGCACAGCUUAAAGAGGACCUUGUUGAGCUGGCUUGCUAAAUAUGGAACUGAACAAGGCGUAAGGGCCAUUUUGGGCUACCACAGCACUCACUGUGGAACGGAGUUGGUAUAUGCCAGGGACACGCUGAGCGGCCCAUUGCGGCAGCUUGGAUCCGUUGUGAGUGCUGUGGCAUUGGAUCACUUCCGGCCUGACAGCACGCGCUCGGGAUAUUUUCCCAGUCGCAAGGGUCGAGAAGAUGCAGGCUUCGAUCCCAAUGCUCCGGAGCAAGAAGAGCUUGACAGUUCUUCCAGUGGAAGUGAAGACGAGGAGGCUCCGGAUCACGAUGAGGUCGAGAAGGCCUGUGAUGCUCUGGCUUCCUGGGAGCCUCGGCCGGGUCUUCGUGAUCUGAUCGGCGAGGGUCCCGUCUUCAAGCAUAAGACUACGAGGGUCAUUCAUUUGAUGGCCAGCAGUGAUGAGGGUGAUCGCUUUGUCUGCGGCAAUGCUGUCCUGACCAGGACGGGCCUUGAGUUUCACGCGAGAUCGGCGAGAGGUCAUUGCAACUUGAGCGGUUGUGCUACCGGUGAAUGCUUCCGGCUUGCGUGGUAUGUGAGGUCAGGACCUCGGGCCUGUCGGCUGCUGACCAGACUAAUGACUAAUGUGUUGGCUGGACUGAAGAAUUUGAAACAGCUGGCAUUUGUCAGCUCCUUCACUCCGGGACAAGCCGAUGAGAAGCCUUUGAUUGCGGCUUUGGAUGCUCUAGUCAAAAGGGACACCAGUGCUGACUUAGCUGCUCAGGCGUGCUUCAGGGCUCUUUUCCAGCAGGCUUACGCCAUAGUCACCACCGAGUUUAGGCAGGCCAUUGAGCGCACUGAAGACGCUCCCAGUCGGUCUCUCAGCGCGCCUGAGCGUGAGGAGCGCUACACGCGACAGGUGAAGAAGUUAACCGGGAUCAACAUAAAAGGCGAGACUGAACCAAGUCAGGCCUUGGUUGAUCUCUGCGUGAAUAUAUAUGAGUCGAACACUUUGCGCUACGUGGCCUGGGAGAAGUGCACUAGUCGGCUUGCCGAGGUUCAAGGCGAUGCCAAAAAGGACACUCGAUUCACACUCGAUGCUCAGGGCAAGACCUUGAAGCUUGAGUCGAAGGCCCCAGAUGACAAGUGUCAGGUCGACUCCGAGGUGCAUCUUCUUCAGGCUUUACAGCGCAGAGCCCUUGCCCUGGACCAAGCCAAUGUUGUUGAUUAUGCUGUCAUCGAUGUCUGGCAUCAGAAGUUGCUUAGGGCGCGGAUGCAGGAGGUGCCAGCAGGUCAUGUCCGGCCCAGCUUCAAGCAGCUCUUGCGGGCCGAUCAGAAGCUUUUCUCGGAGUUGCAGGACCGCUGUCGUGCAGGAAUCCAGGCCACAUCAGCCGGCCGCCCCUUGGAUGGCCUGAUUCCGUUGGUGAUGGAUCUGAGUGAUGUGGCAGUCCUAUUGCAAUCCCUGCCUGGAAAUGCCUCCUCCUCUUCUGAUGUGCCUCCGGGUCCGUGGGUCUCUCGCGAGAGGCCGAGCCCAUACACUCGAGAAGGUAAAGGCCGAGGCAAAGCGGGUAAAGGACGUGCCAAGGGGAAGGGCGUGCUGCCUAAGCCGCUUGUGGGUGGCUACAGUUCGACAAAUGCUGGCGAACCCAUAUGCUUCGAUCACAACAUCAAUGGAUGCAGCCGGGUUGUCAAAAGCGGCAGAUGUGAGAAAGGGAGUGACUAUCGAGUGUGGUCGAUGCGACUGCAGAUGGCUGGGAAUGUCCUCAGCUUGACUCAUUGGCCUGCUGCAACAUUGGUUGCUGCUUGUGCUUCACUCAAUGAGAGAAUGCAUGAUGCCGGUGGCUCACUGCGAGCCGGUGAUUGCGAUCUCGACUUCAGUCGGGGUGCCUGGGCUUUCAAUGCUCGUGACGGCUGCCACGCCGUGGCGCCUUUUCAGGGUCGUCGGGUUAUGCUCAUAGCUUUCAGCACCAAGGGCGUUUGCGAUUCCGACUCUGAGGUGUUGUCUCAGCUCCAGUUCUGUGGUUUCGCCCUUCCCAGCGCUGAUGCUGUGAUGCCCGCGUCUCCAGUGGGCCCUCUACCUGACAUCAGGAGCUCUGUCGCUCAUGAGCCCCUGAAAGUGCUGAAGCCUUCCCGGCUUGUUGUCCUCGACCUCUUCUGCGGCCGAGGUGCCGUGGGUGUUGCAGCUCAGGCCCGAACGACAAUCCACUUGGCAAUACUUGCGGCCUUUGUUCUCGGCAAGGUGUAUGCGGAGAACCUGGCCGAAAAUCUGCGCUUGCAGGCGGCUGGUGAGGAUUUACUUCCGAUUAUGCCCGAGUUCAAAUACAUGGUCAGCGUGCACGUCGCUGAUUGCUCCCAGCUUCGGCUGGAUGACAAAAAUACCCCUGCCACCGCCACGUUUGGCGUGUUUCGGACUCCUGAUGAGUUCGUUGCUGCCAGCUUGCGCCUCGAGCAUCCGUUCGACGCUUUUGCACACGUGCCUGAUGGUCUCAUCAGGAAUUUGGGGCGGCUGCUUAUCGACGGUCCCUUGCCCGUCAUGCGACGCCGGCUUGACCUACUUACCAAGUGGUCUGCGUGGGCCGAUGAACUGGCCGAGCCUGAGAGAGCUCUUCAUGCUUCGCUUGAUCCUAGAGUUGGUGCGGUCCUUUCUGGCAAGAAGUUGCUGUUGCUGGAUCGUAUCGCCAAAUCCCUUGACUGGCCAGACGAAGAUCUUUUUAAGGACCUUAAGGAAGGGUUCGGCAUAGUGGGAUCCGCGCCUGUCACGGGGGUUUUCGCACCAUCCUUUAAGCCUUCGGAGUUCACUGAGGAGGAGCUUGAUCAAAGAUCGAAGUUCUUGCGACCGGCCCUGUGGGCCAAAAUCUCAUCUUCAAAACCUGAGGAUUCCGAUGCCGAGCUUUGGAGCCAAACUCUUGCUGAGAGGGAUCAGAAAUCAUGGCUGAGCGGCCCAUAUAGCUACCAGGAGCUCACUGAGAUUUUGGGUCCGCACUGGAUACCUGUACGGAGGUUCGCGAUUUUCCAACGAGGGAAGCUGAGGUGCAUUGACGAUUUGUCCGAGAACAGUGUCAACUCGUCCUGGGAAGUGGCAGAAAAGAUUGACCUGCGUGCGAUGGACGAACUCCUUUGGAUAACAUCGAGGCUCGUGCAAUCCAUCGUUGAUCGAGGAUUUGUCAACCUUCGUCUUUCUUCUGGUGAAGUGAUCAGCGGCCCUUUGCAUACCGUGUGGCGCACGCGGCCUGAGUCCGCACGCCCAGUCUUGAAGUGCGUGGAUUUGAAGUCUGCUUACAAACAGUAUGCUAUAAAGCCAUGUGACAGCAAGAGGUGUGUGGUCAGCCUCCGGCGGCCCUCCGACGGGCAAGCCGUCGGUUUCAUUUCACAUACCCUACCCUUCGGCUCGCUCGCGAGCGUAGGGCAGUUCAAUCGCGUUGCCCGCUUGAUUCACCGCAUCCUUAUUGAGCUGGAGUGCCUGGCCUGUAACUAUUAUGACGACUACCCAGUGCUCGAUGUGAGUAUGCUUUCGGCCAACACCGAGAAGACGAUCCGCAAGCUCAUGCGCCUCCUGGGCGUGAUCUGCUCGGAGGACAAGGAGUUGCCUUUUUCUUCGGUGGCCGAUCUCUUGGGGGUUCGCUUGGACCUUAGGGCUAAGGAUUUUUCUUGCGUCACUGUUGCCAACAAGCCUGACAGGGCUCGCGAAAUUUCCGAGUCGGUCGCUAAAGUCCUAUCGGAUGGCCAGGUGGUGGUCAGAGAAGUCGACAGCUUGUUUGGAAGGAUUCAGUAUGCCGAUUCCCAAAUCAUGGGCCGCAGGGGCAAACUGGCUUUGAGCACGCUUAGGAAGCUCUCGCGAGGCUCUGGAGUUCAUCGACUUUCUCCUACUGAUCGCGAGGCCUUUGCUGUCUUGCAGAUGCGCAUGGAUGCUGGCGAGCCCAGGCGCAUACAGGUUGGAAGCUCUGGACCCUCACUUGUUGUUUACACUGAUGGCGCAUGCGAGCCUGGUGCUGCUCGAUCGCUCUGCACCGUUGGGGGAGUACUUUAUGCUUCUUGGAAUGGGGCUGUAAAGGUCCGAUACUUCGGGGUCACGCUGAGUGACUCCCUGGUCGACCUAUGGGCCGAGAGCGGCAAGAAGCACCUGAUAGCCUGA